AUGAACAGGUCACCUUCACCUUUGCCGGACAUGGACCGAAAUAGGCUACCAACCCUCUUCGAGGUUCUUAGCAGGAGGACAGCACCCCCCGUGGAUCUCUUCUCUUUCUAUAUUUAUAUGAGGGAUCAACAGAGAUCGGUCGACUCUUUAGACUUCUGGCUUGAUGUCGCCCAACAUAUGUCAUUAUGUCGACACUACGUACGAGAGCUUCGCCGAUCCGUAAUGAUUGGGACCCCAGAAGGAGAUAAAUCGGGCUCGAAACGGUCAUCACAGAUACUGGAUAACUUAGGAGAGAUGAAUCAUCCAGCCUCCGGACCCUCCAUGCUAUUAUCUGAGAAGGAGAAGAACGUUGAUGCGCAAAUGUCGGCCUACCUUAGAGAAGAAUCCGAAAAUGGUCUAAAUAACGGUCUAAAUACUCAGCAUUCACCAUCCAAUAGUUUUGGAUCUCAAAAUCCUCGUAAUACGACCUCAAAUGAUAGACCACGACCGAGUUUUAUGAGCAGCCCCAUGGACUUGACCUCGGACUCGAACUCCCCCGCUCAUACUGUUGCGCGAGCAGACAUCAAAGCUUCAGCGGAAAAGAUUCUUUACACCUACCUGCUUCCUGGAGCUGAACGGGAAAUACAUCUUCCUCCCACAAUCACCCAGCAGAUCACAGUCUCCAUCGAAGAACGAAAUCGAGAUGACCCUGAAGUUUUCGAUGCAGCAAAAGAUUGGGUUUUCCAAGCCAUGGAGCGUGAUGCAUUCCCAGGAUUUCUAAGAACGAAGGCACUGGGUAAUCUCAUUCCACCUUCUUUAAUCCUAAGACUGAUCAUUGGACUACUUGCUAUUUUCGCCGCAUUUUGGGCGGGAUUCAUCUUCAUCUUCUUGAAUUAUGACCGUGUUACCAGACUUUGGCUAAUAUUACCGUUUACUAUCGGAGUUUAUGCACUCUGCUCACACCAAUACGCUCUAGAUCCGCUUCUUGAAUUGAUAGGAUACAGCGAGUAUACGUUUAUGAGCUUCCAAAGAAUCAAGGAGCCGUAUGUGCGUAGGCUCCUCAAUAAGCGUGCCCUGAUGGUCCUUGCCGUCACGAUAUUAAUAGACGCUGCCUUGGUCAUACUUUUUGUAUUUGUCCCUGGGAAAAGAUUGUAA